GCCAGGAGGUGAAGUGUCAGGGCCUAAGAACCCAAGAGAGUAACUAGAAAAGAUGACACCAGCUGGAGAGCAGGUGCCUGGCUCCUGGUGAGGCCACCAGGCUCCAAGGACUGUCCAGUGGCCACCCAGGCAUGGACACCCCAGGCUGCACCUGGUUGCUGCUUCUGCUGCUGCCAUUGCUGCUGUUGCCCCUACAGGGAAAGAGCCAUCAGCCUCUACAGAGAUCCAAAAGAAGAUGGGUUCUCACCACCCUGGAUCUGGAGGAGGAAGACCCAGGUCCCUUUCCCAAACUGGUUGGGGAGCUGUUCAAUAAUAUGUCAAAUAAUGUGUCACUGAUGUAUUUAAUCAGAGGACCUGGUGUGGAUGAAUUUCCAGAGAUUGGCUUAUUCUCAAUGGAAGAUCACCAGAGUGGAAAAAUAUAUGUUCACCGCCCUGUCGAUCGAGAAGUGACACCAUCUUUUAUGGUUUACUUUGAUGCUGUGGAUCGAUCCACAGGGAGAAUUGUGGAUGAAUCCCUGAUUUUCAACAUUAGGAUCAGAGAUGUGAACGACCACGCUCCCCAGUUUCCUGAAGAGGAAUUUAAUGUCAGUGUAAAAGAGAGCCACGCUGCAGGUCAACCUAUUUUUCAGUUGUUAACAGUCGAUUUGGAUCAAGAAAACACUCCAAACUCUCAAGUCUUUUAUUUCCUCGUUUCUCAAACACCGCUACUGAGAGAAAGUGGCUUUCGGAUUGAUCUCAUCAGUGGGGAAGUGCGACUCUCGGGAUGCUUAAAUUAUGAGACUGCUCCUUGGUUCACGCUGAUCACCAGAGCGAGUGAUUGUGGAGAGCCAUCCCUGUCGUCCACCGCCACCAUUCAUGUCCAUGUGGAAGAAGGCAACAACCACAUGCCGACGUUCACAGAAGACCAUUAUAAGAUUCAGAUUUCCGAAGGUCACGUCGAAUGGGGCCUGUUGUAUCUCCCCAUUCAAGAUCAAGACUCACCAUUCACACCAGCAUGGAGAACACAAUUCAACAUAUCAGAUGGCAACGAGGAGGGGCAUUUUGACAUCGUGGCUGACCCUGAGACCAACCAAGGAGUAUUAAAUGUUGUCAAGCCUUUGGAUUAUGAAACUCAAGCAGCCCACAGCCUCGUCAUUGUUGUGGAGAACGAGGAGCCGCUCUUCUCUUGUAAGGAGGGCCAGAUGCGGCCGUUGAGAAAGGUCAUGGCCAGCACCGUGGUGACCGUGUGGGUAGUAGACGCCAAUGACCCACCGGCCUUCCACCCCAGGACCUUCAUUGUCAGUGAGGAGGAUGGAGCCCGGCCUGGCAUCCAGCUGGGAGAUUUCAAUGCCACAGACCCAGACAGGCCCACAGACAGCCAGAUAAGAUACGAACUGGUUCAUGAUCCAGCAAAUUGGGUGACUGUUGAUGAGAAAUCAGGCGUGGUCACCACCAAGAGGCAAAUAGACCGGGAGUCCCCUCAUGUGAACGGCAGCUUUUAUACAAUUAUCGUCCAUGCAGUUGACAAUGGCCUCCCACCGCUGACUGGCACGGGGACUCUGAUGCUUUUCCUGUCUGAUGUCAAUGACAAUGCUCCAACUCUCCUGCCCCAUUCUCAACACUUGGUGGUCUGUGAGUUUGCAGGGAGCAAGGCCCUGCUGUUGGAAGCCGAGGAUGCAGACCUGGAUCCCUACUCUGCCCCCUUCACUUUUGAUUUGGACACCGCCCAGGGAGAUGUGGAAGACACUUGGAUGCUGAGGACAAAGCAGGGUGAAGGCCACUCUGUUGAACUCAUAAUGCUGAAAAGCCUCCCGCCUGGAGACUACUUGGUGCCGUUAUUCGUAGGAGACAGACAGGGCCUCACCCAGAAGCAGACAGUCCACGUGAGGAUCUGCUUCUGUCCCAGUGGAUCUGAGUGUGAGGAGCGUGCAAACACAGGGCUCCUGUGGCGGGCCCUGUCCCCUGUCUGUGCAGCAUUCCUGACUCUGGCAGCGGCCCUGUUUUCCCUGUUGCGGUGCUACUAUGCAUUUGGGCCCGAGAGACACGGAGAUUUCAUCCCAGGUGACAGUGGCCACCAGACACUGAUUGUGUACAAUGAGGAAAGCAAAGCCUCUUCAGCCCAGAUGCAGCCAGCUAAGUUAGACCAGAUGCUCCCUCUGUCCUUCAACAGAGCUGUGGCCGGUGCCAAGCCUGGGGCGAAGGGUGGUGGCAUGUUCUUUGAGCCAAGAGGCAUGAAAAACCGAUCUUCCACUCCGGUCUGUCCGAAUCACGUGGUGCCUAGAUGCCCCCUGCAACUGAUGGAAGAAAGGGUGGCGGAGAAACUGAGCCAGAAGCUCCAACGUGUUGAUGUUCUAGAAGGCAAUGCUGGCCACCUGCCUCAUGUCUACAGAGAGGAGGGAGAGUGUGAGGAAGCUGAGAGCCUCAGCUCUCUGUCCUUCUUGGAGCAGGACCUCUCCCCUGAGUUGCUGGACUGCUUGGGCUCAAACUCUGCUCCAUCUGAAGCAGUAUGCUCUGCACCAAAGGUUCCUUCAUAAAUGCGUGUGAUGGGUGUGAUGGGCAUGAUUUGGGAGAAUGGUCACUAUUCAUGGAGCCCUUCUUUUGUUCUUUAUUCUUAAUUUCUUCCUAGUCUGCAGUGGUUAGUGUUGCAAAUUUGACAGUUACUUGGGAAACGCCUCUGGCAUGGGGGAUUAUCUUGUUUGCAUUAGUUGAGUUGGGAAGAGCUGCCCACUGUGAGUGGCACCAGUCCCCUGGCUGGGCUCCUGGACUGAGCAUCAGCACCCGCCACUCUCUGCUUUCUGAUCUCAGAUGCAUGUGACUAGCUGAUUUAGACUCCUGUCAUCUCGACUUCCCGCCAUGAUGGACUGUACCCUUGAACUAUG